AUGUUUGAAAGUUUAACGGAGACGGCUUUGACCACCAUCCCAGGAGAAAGGACGUUUGAGGAGGUAAAGGUGCGUCUUUUCGAGAGAGCUAGCCCAUCAGCGGCCCUUGAAGUUGACGACACCAGACUUGGGUCGUCAAUAAUGGUUGGAAGUUCAAUGGAGACGGUUUCGACCAUUAUCCCGGGAAGAUCGCCGACUGUGGAUCACAUCAAGUUGUUUCACUGCAAUCUUCUUAAACAAAAGCUUCUUCAUAAUGAUGAUGCUUGGCAAACACAUUCAAUUCCGUUUUACCGGGGUGUAAAGAUAAUAUGGGAAGAAAACUGCACUUCACUUUGCGAUGUAAAGUCUCGCAAACAUCGUCGCUAUCGAAAGAGUAAGGACGCAUAUGGCAGUAAGGAUGGCAAAUUUGAAGGAGAGAAGCCCUUUGAACGCGAAUUCUCCUUUCGAACUUCCGUAGGUCAGGCCAUAAUGCCAGGUUUAUGCCGCCUCGAUUCGGGGUCCGACAUACCACUUGUAGUUUCGAGAAGAUGGGUGAAAGAGACUGGUAAAGAAGCCGAGAUAUCAACCGACUUUAAAAGUCCAUCCUCAUAUAGUCUCAGCGGACAUGUGAUGGAAUUCACCGGCAUUAUUCGAAACCUUGUGUUUAACCCUAAAGGCUCUUCAACAACAUAUCGCAGAGACUUCUUGGUUUGUGAUCAACUGGAUUCUUUUGUGGAUUUCAUCAUUGGUGCAAAGUUCAUCAUGGAGGAAUGGCAGGUCUUGUUUGGGAACAUGAAGAGACGGAUUGCCGGGUGGUUCAGUCACAAGAAAGAAACGCCCCUAGAACAAGAGGAGGCUCAACUCCUUAAAGACAACCAGGAAAAAGAAGCGCAAGAAGCUGAACUUCGUCGUCAGGACAAGAAAGAUGCUCAGCGCAAGAAAGAGAAAGAUGCCCGCCAGAAACAGCAAGAGGCUGAUAAGUCUCCUGUUGGCGAAUAA